CCUUGUUGCAUGUUCCUUACUUCCUUCGAAACCUUUGGCUACCAACAAACACACACACACACACACACUUGGAUCAACUUUUCUCGUCCCUUGCUUUCCACUCCAACACGGUACCAACCAACCUACCAAAUGGCAGCCAAACCAGCUGAAGAAGCUCCUCAAGGAGAAACCCUCAAGUACCAGACGUGGGCUUUGAAAGUAUUGAUCCACUGCGAUGGCUGCAAAAGGAGAGUUAAGAAAAUUCUUCAGGGAAUUGAUGGGGUUUAUACAACAGAGGUUAAUUCUCUGCUGCACAAGGUUACGGUCACCGGUAACGUGGACGCUGAGACUCUCAUCAAGAGGCUUUCAAGAUCAGGGAGGGUAGUGGAGCUUUGGCCAGAAAAACCACCUGAGAAGAAAGAUAAUAAGAAGUCUGGGAAAUCCAAUAAGAGUGGUGCUGGUGAUGCUAAUAAGGAGAAGGAAGACCAAAAGAAUAGUGAACCAGAUUCUGAUGGUGGUGGUUCAAAUGAGGGUUCUAAAGACGCUCCCGGUGAAGAUUCUGACAAAGAAGGUCAUAGUUAUGAAUGUGAGGAGGGAGGUGGUGGUGGUGAAGGUGGCAAAAAGAAGAAAAAGAAAAAGAAAAAGAAGAACAAAGGGGAAAACGGUGGUUCUGCAUCUGCAACUCCUAAUAAUAAUGGAGGAGGAGAAGAAAUUAGUAAAGUUGAAGCAUUAGUCCCUUCAAAUUUGGACACUUCCUUCACUCCCAAGGAUCUUAUUAGUCCUCCAAUUCAGCAUGCUUACCCAUAUCCACCACAGGUGUAUUAUCCACCUCCUCCAGCAUAUGGAUUAAGCUAUAACACAGCAUAUCCUGUCUCCAGUACUGCUUCAUAUUAUGUUGGUGCUCCUAUCAUGCCCAUGCAUGCUUACACUACUCCAUACUCUAGACUGCCACCACCUCCUCCACCAUCUGAUCCAAUCAAGCACUAUGUUGAGGAUGAGUAUGAAAGUGAUGGAUAUUGCUCCAUUAUGUGACAAACACACACCAAAGUGGAGGAUGAUGUACUAGCUAGCUAGUGUUAUUACUUAUUAAUGAUAGUACUCAGGUUAAGUGGAGGGGUUGAAUUUUGUAAUAUGCUCAACAAAAUUAGAAAUAUUAAAUAUGGGGACAAAAAUAAAAAAAAGAGGGCAUGUGCAGGUAUGGGGGGGGUCUUGAAUACUUUGUCUUUGUUUAGCAUGAUCUCUCUCUUUCCUCUUCUUUUUUUUUCUUCACUUGUUAAGAGUACAAAGCUUUUGGGGUUUGCCAAAGAAAGGCCAGUAGCCUUGUAAUGCUCUGCAAUUUGUAGGUCCGGAAAUCUUCCUUUCCCUCUCUAUCUUAUGUGUAAAGUAUCUUUAUAAGUACCAACUUUUUUUCUUCUCUUUACA